AAGUGGAAAGACUGAAACCUGCUGUGGCAGAGAGAGCACAGAGCAAGUAGCUGUCUAGCUCAUCCAGCUACUUACAACGGGGUGGUAAAUUAACUCUUAAACAAACGUGUUUUAACUGAAAUGUUAAUCAAACUCCUAAUGAAACGCCUACAGCAAAUCCAGAGUUUGCAUGAAUUUCCUUCGGCUCACUAAAGACAACAUACGGUUGCUUUAAGAAAUACGACCUGUAACCUGAAACUGCUGAACACCAAGUUAGGGCAUCUCAUGACAUGUUGCCAGUGGUUACAUACAAAGUUGUACUGCCCAGUUUGUCCCAGUUACUUAACAGAUCGGCAGCUCCUCUUCUGCCAGAGCUGGGACGCUACAGUCACUAUUUGGUAUGCAGUCCUGCCUUUCCCUUCCUUGCCUGUGACCGGACUUUAAAAUCAGCUUUAGAGAAAAGUCUACCAGAUCAAUCCAAGGAGCUGAAUACACUUCAAGAGGAACACAGAAAGUACAUGAAUGCAGCUCACUCUGAAUUUCAAGGGCUCUAAUUCACAGAAGAACUAGUUUUGCUCAGUACAGAUCCUCUGCCCUAAGCUGGAAAUGACAGAGGCCAGCAUCCUCUUCCUCCGUGCCUGCCUCACGCUGCUUGCCAUGCCCAUCUACCUACUAUCAUUCCUGGGCAUCUGGGAGCCUUUCUGUAAGAAGAUAUUUUUUCCUUUCUUCUUAGAGAAGUUUUCUGCAAUUCACGAAAGGAAAACAAAGAAGCAGAAGCAGGAGCUAUUUCAUAAUCUCCCUGACUUCACGAGGCCCUCAGGAGCGCUGAAGCUGCUGGGGAUCGGGACUGGCUGCAGUGCUAACUUCCAGUUCUACCCACCAGGCUGCAGAGUCACAUGCACUGACACAAACCCCAACUUCCAGCAAGCCCUUUCGAGGAGCGUGAACAAGAACCAGCUUAUCUACUAAGAGCGUUUCCUACUAGCUGUGGGCGAAGACCUGCACCAGGUGCCCAGCGGUUCCGUGGAUGCUGUCAUCUGUGCCUUUGUCCUCUGCUCUGUGCGCAGUGUGAAUGGCACCAUGAAGGAAGUACUGCGACUGCUCAGACCAGGAGGCGCUUUCUGUUUCUUAAAGCACGUGGCCGCUGAUCAUUCCAGCUGGAAGUAUUUUUGGCAGCAGAUCUGCUGUCCAACUUGGAAACUCAUCUUUGAUGGAUGCUGCCUCAUGAGAGAGAUAUGGAAGAAUCUCGAACAGGCCAAAUUCUCGGAGCUGAACUUACAACACAUAAACAUAGAGCAGUCCUGGAUGCCCGUACGGCCUCACAUCAUCGGCUAUGCUGUGAAGUAACUC